UUAGAAGGCGGAGGCCAAUCAAUCCCGAGCGUCCUUGCGGUCAUCAACACCGACGAAGAAGAAUUAACUUCCGGAGACGGAUGAAACCUCAGUUCAUUGCACGAGUUCGUUCAUAUUUGUCCGUUCGCUUUUUUUGACCGGGCUUGGGCAAAAACAGCUCUAACAAUCUGUGCUUUGUUUGUGCAAAGAAUUCAUCAAACAUGCAUAGCCUUGUACCCACUUUAUUUUAUGUUUUUACCGCUGCGUAACGGUUUGUGCUCUCGCCGUUCUGCUAACUAGCGCCAUCAAAGCAAGCUAGCGCUAACAAAGCAAACGAUGGACCAAGUUCCGGCUGUUGUGUCGGAAGACGUCCAGACGGAGGAACAGUCCAGCAUAGAUGUCGCACCGUCCACCGCCGUAGAUGUCAGCUCGGCAAAAAGCGAUGCGCCGUCGUCUGAGGACAUCGCGGACAGUGAUCGCCCAACCUCUUCUCAAGAAUUUGGGCUAUACUGCUGCCAAGAUUGCGGAGAAGCCUUUGGUGAGGAGGCAACCCUCUUGGACCAUCGCAUCCAGCACCCCAAUGGAAAGUGCGCAAUGUAUUUGGAGCCAAUGGACGAUUCAGAUAUGGCUGAGAAAGACGAGGAAAGUACUAGCUCCUGUCAAUUAUGCACAUUGUCAUUUGCUGAUAUGAGUGAAUUCCGUUCCCACAUGGAAACCCACCGCGUUCAAAGUUCUGACACCCAGCAGAUUUCUGGGUCCCCAAAGCAGAACUUUUUUGAAUGCUCUGAAUGUGGGAAAAGAUAUUCCAUGUUAGGGCACUUUCUCAAUCAUCAGCGUACCCAUAUAGAGGCUUCCAAAUCUUUAUUUAAUGACUUGGAGCAGUUACAGAAAAAGUCCUUUCAAUGUGAGACUUGCGGACGAAAUUAUUCUCGUGCAUCUGCCCUUGAUGCCCACCGACGUUGUCAUGAAGAGAAGUUAUUUAAACGCCAAUACAGGACUUCAGGUCACAGGACAGAUACUGAUGAGCAGCCUGCGGCCAAGCUCAGUAAAAAGGAACCUAGUGGUACUUCCGAGAAGCUUUUCCAAUGUGCUUGUGGGAAAUCUUUUCCUGCUUUGAUGCAUUUGAAGACACACCAGCGAUUCAGCCACAAUAUCGAUUGCUUUCCAAAAGAAAGGACAGAAAAGCUGAGGAAAAAUGUCUUUUACUGUCGGGAAUGCCAGAAAGCAUUCCAUGGCCAUCUUGCUUGGUUCAACCAUGAGAAAUGGCAUGAAAACCAUUCGAAAGAUUCUCCAAACCGAUUUCCAUGUGAGGCCUGCGGGAAAGUGUUCAUGACUCAAACGUUUUACUACAGACAUCAGCGCAUGGUGCACAGUGGCGAGACUCCAGCAAAGUCAUUUCUCCAUCAAGUGGACCAGCUGCAGAAGAAAGCAUUUGAAUGUAUAGACUGCGGCCUCAGGUUCUCCAGGCUGUCAGCGCUUCAAUCUCAUCAGCUUCACCACACAAGUUCUUUUACGGAAACGGAGAAAUCGGUCCAGGAACAUUCGCCUCUGCUCCAUCACCAGGAGACCUUGGAAGGAGAGCUGAAAGUGACACGGCAGUUGAGACAUCACGUCUUAGCAGAGGACGUUCUUGACAUUGAGUCUGAAGAUCACCCUGAUGUUAAUGAGCCCGGAGAUGAUGUGAUGGAGAGUUAUGAACCCGGGGACUUUAAUGUCAUGGUGAUAAGCGCAAGUGAAUCGGACGACGAGGCAGUGCAAGACUUGAGCCCUAACUUCGAUUCCGGAUCCGACCAGGAGGGCCAUGGCAAUAAUUCAGUCAGUCAUCUGGUUUCAAAACCAGAGCUUGACUUGAAAAUUGUUCAGGUUGACUUCGACCCUGCCAAGGAACAGAGCCCUCCAGCAGCUGAAAACAACGAAACCAAAGAACAGUUUGAUUGUCCAGAAUGUUACCGGUGCUUUUUUAGCGAGGCGUCACUGCGGGCUCACUUAGGGUGGCACAACAUUCAUAAGAAGAGCCUUCAGACUAAAGGUCAGUCAGUGGAAGUUUACACAUGUGACAAUGAAGCCCAUAACUUUGCAGCAGGUGCUACUCCAGAAUAUAAACACGAAACUAACCAUGAAUUAAAGCAGGCGGGUCUAUUUGAACAGAAAACUGUGACAUGUGACACGUGCGGUACAAAGCUUUCACAUUUGUCCGACGAACACGAUGAACGACUACUUUGCCGAGAUUGUGAGACGUCUAGCUUGUUAAACCACAAGCGCACCCGCGCCACAAAGAGCACAGAAAGUAUCUCGCCCAGCGCAAAAGUGUACAAUCCAAAAAAAACUCUUCUCGGCCCCAAGAUUUACCACUGCGAGCAGUGUGGGAAAGGUUUUUGGUCUUUAGGAGCUUACUCGCAUCAUAAGCAAAGUCCGAGUCUAUGUGUUGAUGUGAGGCUUCGAACCGGCGUUACACAGCCACUGCACCGUGGGCGUCCUCGCUCGAGCAUGAAAGUCGCGUGUCCUGUGUGCGGUAGAAAGUUCCGACACAAGGGAAUUAUGACGCUGCACAUGCGUACACAUGAAAAUGGGAAUCAUCAAUGCGAAGUCUGCAACAGAACGUUCCGUCUUUUUUCCAGUCUUCUCAGGCAUCAGGUUGUGCAUAGUGAGCUCCUCCCGCCACCGAGUAAGUCUUUUCAGCAUCAGGUCGAGCAGCUGCAAAAGAAUACAUAUAGCUGCCCCGACUGCGGGAAGCUGUUCUCUCGGGCCAAAGCACUUCAGUUCCACAUGAGGUAUCAUGGAAAUGAGAGUGGGCAGUCGCCAUCACCGCCGAGGUCUUGCGUUAGGCAAGAAGACUUUCAGUGUGCCACCUGCCUCAAACAUUUAAGCAACAAGGUCUCCUUGCGGGCGCACAGAAAGCUCUGCGUUAAAAAAAAGCAACACAUAAUGGAGUGUCACACCAAAAACCUCAAUAAUAAUGAGUCGGUGAACUCUGAAGAAAGUGCGGUGCAGGUGCCGCAUAACUUUAAGAAGGAAAUGGAGGCGGUGGACAUGGAAAGUCCAAAUACCGUAUGCGGCUUCGAAAACACCAGCGAUUUGAGAUACAAGUGUAACAAGUGUGAAAGAAGCUUUUCAGUUGUUGGGGCUUUGAACUUGCAUAAAAGAAUUCACGCCAAGGGUUACUCCAAAAAAGGAGCAAAAGCGACCUUGUACUUAUUGACGAGCGAGGAAGAGUUAAGGAAAGAUGACCAAUUUCCCUGCUCAGAAUGUGGGAAGCGAUUUUUGUCUAACUCUGCCCUUGGCUCUCAUAAACGAUGGCAUACAAAUGACAAACUUUCCUCUCUUAAAGAGCAGCUUCCCGACCGCUGUCUGCAGCAGGACUGCCAAUCGUCCACACUGCAGCUUCAACCUGACAUGAGACCCAAGAGCGAGACCUCAGAAGGUCACCAAACAUGUGUGCGAGGCCCUUUUUCCGAUGAGCAUAGCAACACUUUAGAAGCUCGAGAUACUCAGACAGGUGACUCCUCGCUCAGUGCGAUAAACCGGGUCAUGAACGAGUGUGAAUCCAUCUCGACAAUACCGACUGCACGAAAUUACCAGUGUCCCCUCUGCUUGGCAAGCUUUUCCAAAGUCAGGGGCCUUCGCGCCCACACGUGGCAAGCACACUCCAAGAGCAGACAAGCCAAACCGAAGAGCGAGUUAGACGCUCAGAUCCCAAGUGUAGCCACAAGCUGUGAAAUCAAGUGUGAAAAUGUUGCAACAGAAAUAAGCAAAGACCCUUUCAGCAAAAUUGAUGCUUCUCCUUGGAGUGUCCCAAACCUUGAGUGUGGACUUCAGUGUGAAGCUGCUGCUAUAAUUCCUGACCAUAAAUUAUGCCUAGGGUCUAAACUGGUGGUCCAAGCUCCUGAUCCCUUAGGUGAGGCGUCACCGCUUAUCAGCCGCCUCUCAGAACCAAUCGUCAAAUGUCUCUUCAAGUGCGGGAAGUGCGGCAAAGCAUUCCCGACCGAGGGACAGUUAGAAACUCACAAGACCAAGGCAAAAAGCCGGCCUUUUUGCUGCGCCCUGUGCUGCAAUGCCUUUUUAACCGAGAGCCAACUGCAGCAACACCUCGCCUGGCACGAUGAGGUCCGAUUUCGGCUACCGAACGAGGUUCGCUUACGUCUCAGUGCUGCUUUGAACACAAAGUCUGUCAGAGCCACAGGGAAGUCCUUUCCCCCUCACGAGCCAAAACAACAGGCCGUGAAGCAAGAGAGCCAGUCGGUCAUUAGUAACCUUCAUGGCGACAAAGCCUUUCUUUCGUCAUCCAAAUUCUCAAACCAUAAAUGUUUGCAUUGUCAAACUGCUGCGUGUGAUUGCCCUCGCGCUUCUGUGACGGUGGAUGACUUACGCGCCCUUUCGAAACACGACCGCGCAGCUACUGGCGAUUCCAGAUGGCAAAGUGACAGCCCUGCCGCUGAUGUCCUUACUUGCCUUGAAUGUGGAGCUACUUUUAGUCAAGAAACUGAUUUGCACCAGCAUUACACCAAGCAUGCACAAAGCAUGUAUUAAAAUCUUUGUUUACAUGUAAAGCUUACGAGACUUGAACAUUUGGAUGAGGCGAUCCAUUAUAUGUCACUAUAUUAAAUUAAUUAUCUGUCAAUUUUCCCCAUCCCAGGCUUUCCUUCACACUGGAUUAGAGUUGUAUAAAUUAACAACCCCGCCUUGCGUAACCCUUUGAAUACUUUUUCACAUACUCAACAUUUGGGUGUCAUGGAAGCAUUUAUGCGGUUCUAAAUUGAGAAAUUAGAGCUUAUAAUUGGAUCAAAAUAUAUACUUGCAGUACAUGAACGCAUGUCACAAGCCUUUCUAUUUAAAAUUGGGGGAGGAAAAUUGCUGCUGUCAUUUAAAAUAUUGAAUCGUUGUCUCAAAUAACAAUGGCCGAGCAAUUCAUUAAAAAA